ACUCGUGAGGGCUGGAGCCAGAGAACACCUGUUGCCACGGAAACAGCAAAGGCGGGAAAAAUAUCACCAACUGAAGAAAGAAAGAAGAAGAGCCGCUGCCGGCCGGGUGUUUCCUCAGAAAUGUCGUCUCCAGUUGUCCUCCACCUGCUCAGGUGUUCUCGCUCCCUCCUGACCCGACGCCCCUCCCAUCACACCUGCACAGCGCCCGGACAGGUGGGCGGGGCCUCGAACAAAGGUGUUGGAGUUCGGUUUGUUAGCGGCGCUGUCAGAGUCCGACCCGUCGCCUGGGACUCGUUCGGGAUUUGGGACGACCGGAUAGAAGAACCGGUUCUCCUGCCGUCCAGCAUCAGAUACGGGAAACACAACCCACAGGUACCGGAAGAACUGAUACUGAGUCACACAAGGACUAAAUCCAGAGGGGAGAAGUAGUGGAGUACAAAUACUUUGUUACUGUACUUAAGUACAUGUUUCUGGUAUCAGUACUUUACUCCACUACUU